CCAUUCCUUUCCUUUUACUUUACUUUAUUUUUUAUAAAAAGAAAAAGCAAUUUUAGCAAUCGCUACAAUCAAUCAAGAAAAGACCAGAUUACAGAUUAGAUCUGGCGUUUGCUUUUUCUCUCCCUUUCAUACGCAUAAAAACACACACACACACACACUAUACGCACGCACACUCAGUCUUCUUCUUUUUACGAGUUGAUUAUCACUUAGCUUCUCCAGAUCUCUUCUAGUUUCUCUUAGCCCAUUUGCUCUUUUGUGUUGCCCAGCAGCAGGAUUCAUGGAAAUGUAGGUGAUUCUUAGUUCAGACAGGAGAGAAGAUCUGCAUAGUGUCGUUGUUUUAACUGUAAGGGGGUCGAUACUUAUAUCUUAUAAAAGGACGGCAUAGCUAGUGCGUGGUCCAGUGCCAACUUGACUAUGGGGUCAGAGCAGAAUAGAUUUCUGCAGCCACAGCAAGCACCAGCACCUCGGCACAAGAGGUGGGGAGGUUGUUUGGGUGGACUGUCAUGCUUCCGUAAACAAAAAGGUGGAAAACGUAUUGUACCUGCAUCCCGAAUUCCUGAUGGCAAUGCUGUGUCAGAUCAACCAAAUGGGCCGCAAGCUGGUGGAUUGCCUAACCUGACUACUGGAAUCGCUCCAUCUCUUUUUGCUCCACCAUCUUCACCUGCUUCAUUUUCGCAUUCCGCCCUCCCAUCCACAGCUCAGUCACCAAGCUGUUUCUUGUCUGCCAAUUCUCCUGGAGGCCCGUCAUCUAAUAUGUUCGUCACAGGUCCAUAUGCCCAUGAGACGCAACUUGUAUCUCCUCCCGUAUUUUCGACUUUCACAACUGAGCCAUCUACAGCUCCUUUAACGCCUCCACCAGAAUUAGCACAUUUAACCACUCCAUCUUCCCCUGAUGUGCCUUAUGCUCAUUUCCUUUUGUCUUCUGCCAAUAUCAAAACAACUGAUAAGACCAGUUAUAUUGCUGGAAAUGAUCUUCAAGCAACAUAUUCACUCUAUCCUGGAAGCCCCGCAAGUACUCUCAGAUCACCUGUUUCAAGAACGUCUGGUGACUGUUUAUCAUCAUCCUUUACUGAAAGGGACUUCCCUCCUCAAUGGAAUCCUUCAAUUCCUUCACAAGAACCUGCAACCUCGAAAUCUGAGUCGGGCAGGUUUCUUGGGCUUCAGGAGACAGGUACCUCAAAGUCACGCCAAGAUUCCAAUUUCUUCUGCCCCGAAACAUUUGCCCAGUUCUACCUGGACCAGUCAUCGUUUUCUCAUUCCGGUGGUAGAUUAAGUAUUUCCAAAGAAUCAGAUGCUUACUCAAAUGGUGGAAAUGUGCAUCAGAAUAGGCAGAGCAAAAUUUGUAAACCCGAUGCUGAGGAACUAGAAGCUUACAGGGCAUCAUUCGGGUUCAGUGCUGAUGAAAUCAUAACUACAACUCAUUAUGUGGAGAUAUCGGAUGUGUUAGAGGACUCUUUUAGCAUGACACCACUUACUUCCAAUAAAUCUGCUGGAGAGGAACAUAUUUUAACUGCACCAACAAAAGAGGGAGUUGGAGCAGGAGCAAGGCACGAGGAUUUUCCUACUCCACAGCUUGGUAAAGCACAGCUAACGCGUGCUGAGGGGACGCUUCCUGGAAAGCCUGGUUCAUACAACAGUCUUGAAGAACAAGUCACGCAGAAGCAAUUUGAGAAUGUUCCCGGACGAAGCGUUCCAAGUAAUGACAUACUGAGUGAUGAUGAUGACAUAUUCACUAAGAUGGGGACCCACAGAAUUGGCCGUAAAUAUCAUUUUGGCUCAUCAAAUUCUGAUGCAGAAAUCGAGUACAGGAGAGGGCGAAGCCUGAGAGAAGAACGCAGCAGGAGGGAAAGCUAAAGGCUACUCUAGGCCUGAAAUGAAUAUUUAUAAAGACACAAAAAACUGUUGCUUGUAUGUAUUGCAGCUGUUGUGUUUUCGAUCUUUUGGGGGGUUGUCUCGACGAAUGAUCUAACUUUAUAUCCGACUUGUCGUCUUCCUUUCGUGCGUCAGUAGUAUAAUAUAUUCUCUGAAGAUUGUCUGUUAUAUAAGGUUAUAUACUUGGAGGAAUUCUGCGUAUGUAUCUCCUGAGAGCUUGAAUAUGGAUUGAUCACUUGUAGCAGAAAUAGGCUCCGAAACUUUCUUUGUAUGUAAAUGCUGGUAUAUGCUUGGAUUCAGAAAUGGUAGAGGAUUCUAAUGUCGUUUCAUGAA